AUGGACUUCAUUGCCGUUUAUAAUCCAAAGCUUUAUACUUUGGAAACAGAUGCAUGGAGGCAGCUUCUUCUUUAUCAUUCAUUUCAAGAACAUUCAGAGCCUAUACCAUUAAAUGAGAAACUAUCCCUCAUUGGAAUCAUUCAGGGUAUCUGGCAAUUUACUCACAACUUCAACGUUCCAACCGCGAGUUCAAAAGUUAAAUAUAUAGAUACGCAUUUGGGUAAUGGCAGAUUAAUUACAGUUGAAUUAGAACCCGACUACUUUAUCACAUUUGGAAUAAAUGAUGGGAAUCAGUAUCCAUGUUCUUACUAUAUUAGGGAGCUAUGCCAAAGUUAUAGCUUCUUUAGAAUGCAUUUUGGGCCAAUGUCUUCAUUCAAAGAGAGAAAUGAGUUGACUAAUCGUCUUAAUGAAUAUCUUGUUAUGUAUUGGUAUGAUUUAAAUUUAAUCCCGGAAGCAAUUUACAGUUCCAACUUCGCAAACAUAUUUUGGCACGAUAGUUUUAAAGUAAGUGAGUUGAAGACUUCGAACUCCGCAUGGGAAACGAGUAUUAAGAAUAACAUUCUACUAGAUGAUGAUACAUUCUUGGGAUUAAAGGAUAUUUGUGUUUAUAAGCUCCCCCGCGAUGGGCACCGCCAUCCAAAGAAAUACGGGCUAGUAAGGAACUUUACAACAAACUUUGAAUCGUUGUCUACACUUUCAAACUGGUUAUAUCAUCUCGAUAGGAUCUUUGAUUCUGCACUAUCCUCACAUGUGUUAGCUGGUCAUGUCCACCUGUUACGACAAGGUACCAGGGAGGAAGAUCCAACCAUAGAUGUACCGGAAACUACCAUGGGAACAAAAAUAUGGCACAACGCAACAUUGCCUAUAUCUAUGACAUAUGAUGCUAUCAAUGAGGUUGGAAACCUGACAGGGAUUAACACUUUUAUGAAUGGAUUAAAUACCAUAGCUAACGGAUUGGGAUCUAUUACUAAUAAAAUUGGCUGGCCCAAUACUAGCACCGAGCCUGGAGGUCGUAAUAGGUCAGACUCUACAACCCACGGUUUUCUCAUAUCUCCGUUAUCACUUGAUAUACUACCUGAAUCAUAUCAUUUUCGUCGAUUUCAGCUUCAAUUUUCCUCUCUAAACACGCAACCAGAAUGGUACAAAUUACUCUUCUGGCAUUUCAAAGAUUAUUUGUGCGUAUUAAUAUUUAAUGAAGAUUUUACAAAAAUUUGGGAUCCAUCUUACCUUGAAAGUCUAGAUUCCAAACUUUAUAAAAGCAUAUCGAUACUUGAAAACUCUGUUAUAGAUACAACCGUCGAUACUGAAGGAUUUGCAUACGCAGUUUUGGAUAAGGAAUCACAUAGAAUUCAAACAUCCUUACCUAUGAUACAAUGUCACGCAGAAGAAGCCGCCGGCGAUACAAGUCAGAUGCCGUUGAAGCUAGUGGUUAAUGGAAUCGAUGAUGCAUUGCAAUAUUUGACCUCCAACACUAUUAAUUCGAACGCAUGGACUUCUAUCGCUAGCAUAUACUCACCUUCUAUCUCCUCAGAAGUGACCACUAAACCAUUACAGAAAGACGCUUCCGAUCAAAAGAACUCCAGCAACUUAUGGAAACUAGGUUUAAGUAGGCUUACUUCAUUUCCAAGCCGCGAGGCUCAAGAUAAAUCCAGUAAGGGAACUUCUACAGCUAACGGCGACUCAUUUUUAUGCACAUUAAGCCUGGAUAAGUUAUUGGAAUUAAACAUAGACUUAUGCAAGAUAUACAUGGGAAUACAAAAUUCUGAAUACAGAAGAGAUUCUGUAAAGGAAGAAAAAUUAGUCAAAUUAAGCAAUGGUGUGCUGUGUUAUAUCAGCAAUUCUUCAUCAGAAGUUGUUGUAAUUUUAAAAAACUGGUUCACAGAUGAGCGUUUCUCAAAAAAAAAUAACUGUAAUAUUGGGACUGGUAAAUUCGAGGAGACAAUACUAAUAAGCAGCCUUGGAAACGAUGUUAGAAGCUGGUGGGAUAAUAGGAAUAACCAAGAUUGA